AACCAUUUUGACGCAGUCAGCUGUCUGUCUUUGUUUACAGUUGUCACCAGUUUGUUGUUUGGCUUUUCCGCCACCAGUAACAAUAUGAAGUUUAAAUUUAGGGAAGAACACACUCUUGAACAAAGAAUUGCAGAGUCAACUAAGAUCAAGGAUAAAUACCCAGAAAGGAUUCCUGUGAUUGUUGAGAAGGACCCCAAAUCACAGAUACAGGAUAUAGACAAACGGAAAUUUCUUGUUCCUAAUGACAUUUCUGUAGCACAGUUCAUGUGGAUUAUUCGUAAACGUAUUCAACUACCAUCAGAAAAAGCUAUCUUCCUAUUUGUCGGCAAAGUCCUCCCACAAUCAAGUGCCAGUAUGGGUCAGGUGUACGAGGAACACAAAGAUGAAGAUGGAUUUCUGUACAUUGCCUACAGCGGGGAGAACACAUUUGGUCACUGAUGAAUUCUUAACCUCAUAUUGACUUUGGUCACAUUGUUGGAGACAUUGUGUUUUAUCAUUAUGAACAGAAUAGUUUUUAUUAAUUUUCUUACAGCAAGAUUUGGCUUAUGAUAAACAAAGAAAAAGAUUUAAUUCAAAAUUUCAGGUACAUGUACUUAAUGAAAAGAGAAGGCAAUGAAGAAAUUGUGAAGACUGUUUUGUUAUAGUGAAAUUUUAACUACUUACAAAUUGCAUGUAAUUUUUUAUUAUGAUUUUAUAUCAUGUUGAGAGUGACACGAACUAAAAUAAAUUUCGUUUGUCUGCAACAUUUAAUGAUUCUCACACAAAUAUGGUUAUGAAACAGGAAUUGUAGGUAUUUGUAUUUAAUCAAAGAGAUGAGUAUAACUGUUUGAAUGAAGUACCAGGAGAGAUAUGAUAGCUGUCAGCAUUCAGUAAGGACAAGUAUCUUUAUUACAUUGACUAUAAAUUAUUGUGGCAUUGUUACAUUACAUUCCAAGAUGUCACAUGUAUACUACAAUUUAUAGUGACUUCCAUUUAGAAUCUGCUUUAAAAUAGGAGUGGCCUUUUAAUAUAAUGGUGGAUAUUGACGUGUAAGCUGAAGCCAGUUAUAACAAUAAAAUAUUAAUUCAUUUGCGGGAAGUAAACAAUAAGUUGCCUCUUUAAGUAAAUGUAUAUGGUCUCAGAAAUUUGUGUACAGAUGAAGUUCAACCAAAAGAUUGCAGGUUUUUGAUUUAGUGAUUAAAAUUUGUAACUAUGCAUUUACAAACUCUACACAAUCUCUUCUCACAAAAAAUAUUCUGAUUAAAGAUAAAAAAAACUUUGUAACCAAUAUGUAGCUUGACUGAAACAAUCAAAGUUACAAAACUGUGCUGCUAACAUUGAUUCUAAUACAGUAUAUGUUAAGACAUUUUUGAUCUUGGGAAGUACAGCUGUCAAAUUCUCAGUUAUGGAAGUACAGGUGUAAAAAUUGUCAAUUAGUGGAAGUACUGCUGUUAAAAACAUUAUUAGAGCCACAGCUGUCCAAGUUCUCAACUAUAUUAAGCACAUCUGUUGAAAUUUUCGACCUUAAGAAGUAAGGCUGUCGAAACUUUCAACUGUUGAGGUACAGCUGUUAAACCUGUCAACUUCUGAAGUAUAGCUGCCAAAAUUCUGAACUGAUUGAAGUAAAGAUCAAAAUUCAUAACAAGUGGAAUUUUAACUAUUGGAAGUAUGGUAUGUCAAAACUCUCAACUAUUGAAUGUAAAGCUGUUCAAAUUUUCAACAGUUGGAAAUAAAGCUGUAACAAUUUAUUAAAAAAAAAGAUGACUGUAAAAAACAUGUUCAGAAAAAUUGCUGUAGGAGUUCUCAAUGAAUGAAAGUAUAGCUGUACACUUUAUCAGCUGUUUGAAGUAUGGCUGUAAAUGUUAUCAGCUGUUGGAAGUAUAGCUGUAAACUUUAUCAGCUGUUCAAAGUAUGGCUGUAAAUGCUAUCAGCUGUUCAAAGUAUAGUUGUAAACAUUGUCAACUGUUGGAAGCAUGGCCGUAAAUGUUAUAAGCUGUUGAAAGUAUGGCUGUUAAAGAUCGUCUCAACCAUGAAUGGAAGUAUAACAACAAAUAUCAACCUAUGGAAGUUCAGCUGGCGAAACUACUGCAGCUUAAAAUAUAUUUGAUGUUGUUGAUAGUGGAAUUUUAAGUACAUAUAUUAUUCCUAUCCUAUGAAUUUAUGAAAAAUAGUCAUAUUACUUCUGUUCUAUGAUUAAUUUGAGUUUCAUUCUAGUCUAUUGGUAAAAUAAAUUUUUGCUGCUUUUUCAAUUUCUUACCUUAUUUCAAUACUAAGUACUAUUGGUUGUAUCCAGUCAUUGUGAUUAUAUGUGAGCAACAUUCAGUAACAACUUGUGACGGCAAUUUGGUAUUACUGGACCAAUGCAUCAAACAAUUAUGAUACAAAAUUUUCAGUGUUUUUAUUUUCUUAUUUCUGAAAUUGUGACAUUAUUUUUAUCAUAUAUAUGUGUGUAUUAUAAGUUCCAUUUGUGUUUUCUGUAAAUAAAAUUUUGUUACUUAAAA